CCAUUGCUGCAGAUCCUUCCUCUCUUUGUCCCUUUGGACAUCAAAGGACUGCAAGGGGACAGCCCUGGGGAGAAGCUCCUCCCUAUUCAUUAGCCUUCAUAUAACGAACUCACCUUGGCUAGCUAAGCUUGGAGUCCCAUCCUUAGUCCCAGGCACUCUUGACACUGGAUCACAGAAGGAAGGGCUCCUGCUUGCUUUGGGAAAUCAAGACUUUUGCUUUUGAACUGGACUACUUUGGUUUUCAAGAGAGAGGAGCUCUGGUGGAUCUCUUGCCUGCGCAACUUCUAUGACUUAACGGUACAUGGAAAAAUGCAAGCAUUAUCUGAUGUGAAAACUCAGUGUGAUGUCCUUCCUUCCUCCAACCUGGAGUCUUACCCUCAGAGCUCCAUUGUUGUUACCCUAGAGGACAUGGACCUCUGGAUGCAGUUUCACCAAAUAGGAACCGAAAUGAUCAUCACUAAGUCUGGCAGACGAAUGUUUCCACAGUGCAAAAUCAAAGUCUCUGGCUUGAUCCCUUAUGCUAAAUACCUCAUGCUGGUGGAUUUUGUGCCAAUGGACAACUUCAGAUACAAGUGGAAUAAAGAUCAGUGGGAAGUUGCUGGAAAAGCAGAGCCACAGCUUCCCUGCCGUACAUAUGUCCAUCCAGAUUCUCCAGCUCCUGGCAGCCACUGGAUGAAAGAACCUGUCUCCUUCCAAAAGCUGAAACUCACCAACAACACCCUGGAUCAACAUGGACACAUCAUCCUUCACUCCAUGCACCGUUACAAGCCGCGCUUCCACAUAGUACAGGCAGAUGACCUGUUUAGUGUCCGUUGGAGCAUCUUCCAGGUGUUCAGCUUCCCUGAGACUGUCUUCACCUCUGUUACUGCCUACCAAAAUGAGAAGAUCACAAAACUCAAAAUUGACAACAACCCGUUUGCUAAAGGUUUCCGGGAACACGGGAAGAACACUCGAAGGGAAGGGCGAGCAAAAGGCCAGAAACCUAGCCCAGCCAAAGGUCAGAAGAGGAAGCUCCCAGAAGAAACAGAGUCUGGUGCUGAGGAACCGGAUUUUGUGAAGGAUGAGAACGUGGAGGUGAAAGAGGAGCGGAAUCCCAUCCCGGUUAGUGGUGGAUACCCCUUCUGGGUCUCGGAGCAGAACGGCAGCCAAGCCAUCCCUGCAGUGUCACCAGCACCAGCAGACCAAAGAGAAGCAACUGCUAGAGAGCAGCAAGUGCCAACUCCUUCCACCUACCAGACAUACAGGUUCCAUGACACGGGGGACACGCAGCAGGCUCCCGCGCGCAAUGUCGCCACCUUGAAUGAGUUUCGGGCCAGAUCCCACCCUUUGGACAUAGCCACGGUGCCGGACCACGAUUCUAAACAGCUGUCAGAAGGUUUCACCAACCUGCCUACACUACCCCCACCUCUGCCUCCUCCUCAAGACUACACCGGGGUGGUCAACAUGGCUGUAGACUCUGCUGGGAAGCCAGGGGCCCGAGGUCCAGUGUACAAUCCAUAUGGCGCUGAGCAAGGCCUAGGCCAGUGGAUGGUCCCUUCCCACAGCCAGUACAGGGCAAUGAGCUACUCUCCCUUUUCUACAGAUUAUAAUGCUCAAGGGGCUUCAGGGCAUGCUCAUGGGAGCAUGGCAGACUGGAGCCAGUACCCUCUGUUCCCCUAUGCCUGCUGGUGAUGGGGGAGGACUCUUUCAAAUUAAAGAAUUCAAAGAACAUUGUAACAAAAUCCACUUUAAAAUAUGCUCUGGGGUUGCCACCUUGUGGCCUUGCCUACACUAGGCAAGAGGGUGUUGCAAUAGUGCAUAGAUUGGGGCACCAUAAUUUUGAAACAUCAGUACAACUCCUUGUGCCUCAUGCAACAACCAUCCUGUGCGUUUUACAAGUGCUCAUUGCAUCUCCUGGGGGCCAUAUCUUUACUUUAAGAUCUGACUGAACCAAUGCAUUCUUUGGUGCUUUGUCCCACUUGUGGAUAGAUAAUUGCAAGCAUUGCAAAUGCAGUGGUUCAGCUGAUUUCCCAACUUUAUCCCAUGAUUCUUGCAUGUUGUUACAUUUAACAUUUACUCAAAGAACCCAGUCUUGGGAGCAUGCAAGGUGCUUAAGGAGUCUCAGCAUGCACCACAGAUGCUCACAACAAAACGGCGGAGCCAUGCGCAGAGUGGCUGUGUGAAGGAGACAUCGUUACAUGGACAAGUGAGAGAUAAUUAGCCAUUUCAGUGUCCCUGGAGUAGCUUCCUCUCUUAGUGUAGAUAAAAAGUGCAGCUAUCCUCCUGGUCCUUUGCCUAUAAGGCAUAUAAUGGUAAAAGACAGAGUAAUGUAUGCAUGCUUGGAGCAGAGUUGUACAGGUCAUGUGGAUAGUGGGAAGUUAAUCCCAAACAAAUGAAAAAACUACAGGUUUCUCUGUUUGUCUCUGUGUGCUCUGACUGCCCAUCCAGCCAAUUUAUACCCUCUCAGUUCAGCCCUGUCACUCAAUGUACCUGCAUUGAGUUGCUGUUCCUCUGGUUGUUUGCCAUGUGACCCAGGAGGAUUGGAGGAUGCUGGGAUUCUUGGAGUUCCCCUUGUUGAGUAGAGGUGAGCAGCAGUGUUCACACUCUCUCUGACCUCUUGUUUGCACUGAGACCCUCAGUUGUUUUACCUCUGCCUCUUCCACAGCCUCAGUGAAGUGACCUGUCUAGUUGGUUUUAUUGUCCUGCUCCCAGCAGUUCAUGCAACAGUCCUGUUGGUGCACAGGCUUUGGCCAAGUUGGUAUUUCUCACUAGACACUGGCUUUAAACAAACUUUCCUGUUGAAAUACUGCCUGAUGAGUGAGGUGUCACUUGCAUAGUGCUCUGCAGGAGCUGCGAGACAGGCCAGUGGCAUGUUUCUGCUGCUGCUUUGGAGCCUCGCUAGGAACAUAAUGCAAUACAGAUGGGCAGGAGCGUAGCUUCCUCUCCGCUGCAUCCUUGUGGUCCUUUUCCAAACUGCCCAUCAUUUUGGAAAGCACAUCCUCUCAUUUCACUCUAAUUUUGUUUUCCUCGCAAUUGCCGCUGGAGUGGAGUCCCCCUUGGGAGAAACCCUCUGCUUCUCCUGUGGUUAUAAACAUGAUCUUAAACCUUAUUUAAGAAUGAUUUCUUGUAAUACUUUAAAUAAACUGCAGUUUGGUAUGUAA